AUGUCGACAUCGAUGGAAGAUCGACAUUUCGAUACAUUUCUCUUACGGAAUACGACACUCAGUGAGAUUCCAUCGAAUGUGUUUGCUAAUUUCACUUUCUUAAUCCUCCAAUUUGAACAUAAUCCAUAUUUAUCAACAAUUCAUUCCGAUGCUUUUAUCAACACCAAUGACUAUGUACGUGUAUUUGAAACAUCCAACACAAAUUUAUCCGAAACAAUAUUUGCUUCUGUUAUCAGUAACUUUGCCAAUCUUCUGAAAAUAACUAUGUUGAAUGAUAGUGUGCAAAGAAUUCCUUCGAAUGUCUUUUGUCAAUCUACAUUACAACAACUAUGGUUUGGAAUUCAUGGUAUUGCUACCCAACCAUUAAAAUCAGUCGAUUCCUAUGCAUUUUAUUAUUUACCUUCAUUGCAAUUUCUGCGCAUCUUUAGUGAUGAUCUGAGUCAGUUUAAUAAAGAGUCAUUUGCAUUGAGAACAUCUUGUGAUAACGAAUGUGGGCUAUUAGAAAUUCAUCUUGGUGGGCGACAAUUAUCAUCUAAUAGUUUUCCACUCACGUCACUGACGCUAUUUGGUGGUCGAUCGGUAUUUAUACGAUUUUAUCAAACACCAAAUUUGAAAUAUUUGGAUGAAGCUAUUUUUAAACCAUACUUAGAAUCGGACGGGUCAAAGCCAAUUCUAGAUGUUGCUCAUUCCGGUAGUUUUAUAUGGGGAACAGAAGAGAGCUGUCCUUGCGAAAUGGCAUGGAUUCAACGAGAUUAUUUUCAUUCAGGUGAUCCAAUGCUAAUCGAUAAUAGAGUUUACGGAUAUCCAUGUUGGACCUACAAUUUUAGUUCGUGUAAAAAUAUUUGA